GUUUGGUGACAGCACACAUCUGUUAUUGUCGUUAAAUCUUGAAGAACGUCUGUUGGUUUUUGCUCCAAUCACUCGGUUUUUACUCGAAAUUUUCUGCAUAUUUUGAAAUGCUUCUUGAGGUAAAAAUUAAUAUUUUUCUUUUUUAACAAAACAUGUGUAAUAAUGUUGCAACCGCCGAGCUAUCUAACUUGUCGCGCAACUUCCUACGUGAGUGUCAAAGUGGAAACAUCCAUAGAGUGGAAACUCUCGUUGAAACAUAUGGAGUGCGCGAUUGGAGCGACUUUUGCCACUCGACAUCUGGCGAUACCGCACUACAUGUGGCGGCACGAGCUGGAAAUAUACGUAUUGUAAAAUAUCUGUGCGAGUGUUUCAAUAUGCCGCGAUUUGCAGUCAAUGUCACUAACAAAGAUAUGAAGAGACCUUUGCACGAAGCUGCACAAUUUGCACAAGAGGAAGUUUUGAGAUACUUACUGGAAAAAGGUGCAUCAGUGGAUGCUUUAAAGCGCGGUGACUGGACUCCUUUGAUGCUGGCAUGCACCAAAAACGGACCAGCAGCUUGUCAGUGCAUCAGUGCUCUUUUAGCGGCUAAUGCUAAUGCAUAUUUACGCAAUAAAGACGGCUGGACUCCGUUACUUAUCGCUUGUCGAGCUGGUGAUGAGAAUGCUAUCGAUUUAUUGUUAAAGCAUUCGCCAAAGUCCAUCGAUGAUCGAAGCAAUAAUGGUCGCAGCGCGUUACAUAUUGCCGCAUUUCAUGGCCAUGAGAGAGUGAUUAAUUUGCUCGUCGCAUCAUGUGCAAAUCUCUUGAACGUACAGGAUUCUUCAGGCUCUUCGCCGCUUCAUGAGGCGGUAAAGCACGGAAACCUGAAUGCAGCGAAAUGCAUUGUACAUCUGGGGGCUAAUGUCAGCCUUGUAGACAAUGUCGGUCAAACUAUUCUACACAUUGCUACGCUGACUGACAAUUCGGGAGCUGUUGAAUACAUUUUGGAGCACAAUUUGAUUGAUGUAAAUUGCAAAGCUUCUUUCGGGAUAACACCUCUAAUGAUAGCUCAAAGGAAUAAUCAUAAUGAUGUUAUCAAGAUUCUAAUUAGAUAUGGCGCUAAAUAAAGUUUUUAUUUGUAAAUAUUUCUUAUGUAUUACUAUAUAUUUUAAGUAUCUUCUAAUCGGCAUAUAAAUCAUAUAAGUUAAAAACGUAAGUAAUGUAAAUCAACUGUAUUCAAUGUAUUCAUCUCUUUUAGUUUAUACUCUUUUGCAUCUCUUACAUUAUAUAUAAUUAAAAUCUAUUUUUUUAUAAAUAACUUUUUCGUAAAUUUUUUAAAUAAAAAAAUCUCUUGAUAUAAUUAUUAUAAACUACGCUCGAUUCUCACCGAAAAUGUCAAUUAUUAUUUAGGUUGAAGAAAAGAUUUAGGCAGGCUGUGUUUUAUUCAGAGAUUGGUACACAUUUAUUUAUCCUUUGUUUUUUCUUGUAUCAGACAGUUUUAAAGAAGCAUACAAAAAUCAAGAAACGGAGGCUCUUAUUAGUUCGGAGAUACCUAGGCUUUACAUUCUUCUUCCUUUUCUUUAUCCUUCCUCCUCUGUUUCGUUAAACUUUCUUUUUCAGUGUGCGCAGGCAGGCGACAUAGUACAGAAAAUUCAUGCGCUUGUUGUUAAGUGUGUGCGUGCUGGACGAGACUGCGUCUCUCUUAAACUCUAGGACGCUAACAUAACAUAAAUGGCAAUUAGUAUUAACACCUUGGUAAACGACACACGAUAUCUCGCGCGUUUUUUUCAAAACUAUAUAAAAAAAAAAAAAAAUGAAAAAUACUUAGAAACAAAACCAAUAACCAAGAAACAAAAUAUAAUAUCAAUGAUUUUCAGUUAUUGAUAUAAUUUAUUUAUAAUAAUUAUAAGAAAUAUACCUGAAUUAGUAAGAAAUUGGCACGCGUCUGAGAUAUCUGUAUCGAUGAUUUCGGUUAGCGUUCUAGCGUUAAGUAUCACUUACAUCACGAAGGAAAAACGUAAAAAGUAAGAUCACAGAAUUGUACGAAUUCUAUGCGAUCGUGUGAACUCUAAAGUCAACGAUUUCGCGGCUUUCGAUUCGAGUGUUACGACGAUUUGGGAGAAGGAGAUGAUAAGGAGCGGUUUAUUAAACUUUUUCCCUCUAUUGAUAUCUCUAAAUAUCAGCAACUCUUUAAACAGUCGCAUCCAUCGUAAUGGAGGUACCAAUGAUAGGAUAAGAAUCAAAACUACCAUAAUUAUCGCGCCUACUGCAGAGACCGUUAUUUUGAUGCCCCAUGCGAUCACAAUGUUGUCGAAAAAAUAGAAGUAAAAAAGAUUUAAAGUAAUUUUCGCGCACUGAACACGUUCGUUCUCGCUAUCUUUUACUCUCUCACAGUAAAUUACAAUAUAUACAGUAUAGGACGCAAAUAUCACUUCGCAGGAGGCUCCAAAAUGUCUCGAAAUUGUUCUGAAAAGUGGUGAUAAUUCGACGGGAGAAUUUUGGCUUCGCUCAAUGCAUUUUCGUCUCUUUCACUCCGAAACGAAAGCUUAUCCGCUAAGUAUCUCACAGGACAAAGUUAGGAGACUUUUAUGGAAAAGGAGAGAGAUGAAAGAUUUGGAGAUGGAGCGAGAAAGUAAAGAAUCGUUACGAAGAAAGAAGGAACAUCGCAAUUGGAACGAUCAAUUAAUCUUUAAGGGCUGCGCUCUUACCGCAAGAAAACGGGCCAGGAUAAGGAGAAGGGAUAAAAGGAUAGUGUGAGCGGGAGAGGCGGAAGAUAUUUACAUUUAUAAAACGGCUAAGGAUAAAACAUGCACUGUACAUCGUCUGUCCGUGUCCAAUCAACGCCGUACACGUAUUUUUUCCUCGUCCUUUGAUCCUUUCUCGCGCAGCGAUACACAUGUGGACGAGUGUGUACGAUUACGUUUUGUCUUGUGCUUCUUUCUUUCUUUUCAGGUUUUAUCGAGAUAUCUGAGAUCGUAAUCCGUAAAAUCCGAGAUCCGUUAAAUUCAAUUUAAAGGUAAAACUAUAUUUGCAGCGAUCCUUUCUUAUAACAUUCGCUUUAGAAACAUAAUUUUACAAGUAAAGCAAACUAGAACAAAAUAAGAAAUCGCUGUAGAUAUAAUUUUAUACUUAAAACAGAUCUUGGAAAAAAAAGAUCGCUUUAAAUAUAACUUUAUAUUCAAAAUAAAUUCUAGCAAAGAGAGAGCACGACACACAAAAAGGAUCACUUUAAAUAUAAUUUCGCGGACUAAGACGGACUUCGCGAGUUUCGAUUCCAGCCGUCUCGUUUAUCCUUCCGUCAGUCGACCUACUUUAGUAGAGUUCGUUAUAAAUAUCCAACGAUUACUUGGGCUCUUUAAUAUUUUACUUCCUUCGCUUAUUUACACAUUAACUAAUACGCGUUGAGACUUAAAUUAAGAUUCGCCUUGCGCGUCCUCCACGCCACGUCACCGAUAAUAAUAGCUCGUAAUAGCUUCGCUACUUACUAAGUAAACUCGCUUAGCCUAAGGUAUGCUUUAUUUCCGCAUCUUCUAUCGGUCAUUAUCUCCGAGUCUCUCGCAUCCUCUCAGCUCUCUCGAUCUUUCGCGCUCGCGCUCCACUUUACAAGUAUUCAACAUGUACAAAGCCUUAUUUACAUUAUGUACAUACGGUUCUCGCAUUCGGAGUCAUUCGUAACAUUGAUAACGCUUCGCGUGUCCCCGUGUAAUGUCCGUUUCGUGCACGCGAUUAAACUUUAGUCGGGAAAAUCGAGACGCCGCAGUCGGGACACUUCGAACAAGGACACGUCCGAUCUCAUUCUCAUCAUCGCACAUUUCCGAUUAAACACGACUGUGCUUGUCGCGGACCCAGCGCUAAGUACGGAUGUUUGAUUUUCUUUCUCGAUUCGUCGUGUAGUGCUAAAGAUGCGUCGAGAAUACGGACUACUGGUCUCGUCUAAUACACUGAUCGACUUUCGAACCCGUGACAGCCAUUUCUCUCUUUUUAGGCUCGCACAAAUGUCAAACGGAUGGAAUGUGAAUGCUUGCAACAAUUAUUUGGCAAUUAGAUGUUAUACGGCUGAGGGUCGUACAGUUUUCGAUCGUAGAAAAUUAUACAUAAGCUAGCUUUUUCGAGAUGUAAUUAUGCUCACUGGUAAAUUAAUCAUGGCGAAACUUAAACUCUAAGGAGCUCGUAGUCUCGAUUCAAUCGCGGUUUAAAAAAAAAGAAUAGCUCUGACAAUGAAAUGGCAUCGAAUCAAAUACCUACUCGAUUCAUGAAUGUAUGUCGACGAUCUUAAUUAUAUAUUACGAUUUAUUUCUCUACAAUAUUCAUGUUAUAUAAUGCGAUAUAAUUUUCAGAGGCGACUAUUCUGAUAUCCGAAAUCAUUAGAUGCUUUGUUUUUGCUAGGAUAUAACUGAUUAAUAAUUUUCAUAAAUUUCAUUUUUUAUUUUAGAGACUUUAUCUUUAUUGAAUGAGAUGAUUAUGUUAAAUUCUUUCGAGAGUUAAAUCAUUUAUUAUAUUAAUCAAUUAUUAUAUUAUUUUUUUAUAAAUCAAUACGUAAUAAUAGUCGCCUCUUAUAUCAUUAAGGAUAAAAUAUAUAUUUUGAUCAUUCCAAUUAGUCAGAUGCGGAGAGUGGGGGUUACAGAAGUCCUAUAGGUAUAAUAUCUUUACAAAUAACUUUUACAUAAUUGACAAAUCAAUGUCUGUAAAGGUCACCAAUAUGCUGAAAUUUUUCAUCUUGUAGUUACUUUGAAAAAUCAUCGACACAUGUUUCGAAAACACCAGAAUGAGCAAUAAUAUAUUAGUCUGCUCGAGACAUAUUUAUACACACUUAAUAUAGCUGGUACCUUUAACGCAAUUAUCACUAUUACAAUUCUCCUAUAUGCGUGUUUCACACGAGCAAAAAAUAAAUCAAACAAUCACGAAGUCGUGACAAAGCGGACAAAAAUACGUUGAAUCUAUUAUCUUGCUAAUUUUUUCAUUAUUAAUUAAAUUAUUUUUAAUUCUUCGAAUUAAGUAAACGAGAUCUUCGAAUCAAUUAAUAAAAUCUGUUCUAGUUAUUUGUUAUACUUUAUUACAAAUUAAAAAAAUAGUCGUUGCAAAAUAAGAUGUAUACAAUAAACGGAAUAAACGAUUCAUAAGCGAGUAUAAACACGUUUUUCACAAAAAAAUAUUUGAAAUGUUCAAGUAUUAAUUAUAUAGUUAAUUCAAUGUAGUUUCAUCCACAAUGUACCGUAUUAAGAAGACUAUCAAAGUUCACUUUCAAUACUCUUCUUGCCGUCAGAACAUUGCCCGACAAAGAUUCUCAUGAUUUCUGUCAAUGAGGGCGACGAGGGGUGGUUAGAGAACACAACAAACCUCCACUCGACACAGUUUCCGCUCGCGAUAUAAAAAACACUCGCGGAUGAUAAAAAAUAAAUAGCGCGCGCGCGGAAUCUUUUAGUUACACGGUUAGCUUAACUCACGCGUUCUCUCACGUACAUACACGAGUUUUUGUUUUAAAAAAUAGUAAAAAACAGUGACUAAGUAUUUUCGCGCAUUUUUCCACAUCGUUCGGGAAAUCCGCUUAUAUCACUAGUAUUUACCUGCCCACGUACGAUUCAUGGGCCCUUCUUGACGUUCCUCUCUCGCUUUCUCUCUUUCUCUCCCUCUCUCUCUUUUUCUCUCGCCACAAUAAUAAUAUAUUGUUAUUGUAUACAUACAUAUACAUACAUAUAUAUAUAUAUAUAUAUAUAUAUAUAUAUAUAUAUA